UGUUGUGAAAUGUAAGAAUGACAUAAAAAUAUAAAUACACUAAGUCGUAAAACAAGGCUGAUAUGAUUUUAUUGAAAUGUACUUGUUUUAUAUCUAAAACAAUGAAUAACAUGACGUGUGUAGAAAAAAAAUCAAGUUCAAAUAAUUACAAAUGUUAAUUGAUUUAAUAAAGUUAUUACUUAUGUUCUCCGUGAUCAACAAAACAAAAGGAGGGAAAUGGCCAAAUCCUGCAAAAGAUCCCUUACUGUUCAUAGCAAAUCCAGUGGAAGCUAAUAUGCCUGGACAUUGGAUGCCAUUAAGCAUCGUCAAGCAUUUACUUGCCGGUUCUACGACUGAAAGUACAACACCAUCAACAACGCCGAAACGUCAGCCUCUCAACCACAAAGUAAUAUUAACGACUACCCCAAAACCAACCACUACAACGGAAUCAACAACGACAGAAACUACAACUGUUUCGACAACAACCUCUCCGGAACCAGAGACUACGACGACAACUAUGGCACCUACGACAACUACCGAAGCUCCUUCAACCACGAGUCCUACAACAACUCCAACUACAACAACAACUCCAACUACAACAACAACUACAACAACACCAACUACAACCACAACACCAACUACAACCACAACACCAACUACAACCACAACACCAACGACAACAACAACACCAACUACAACAACAACUACAACAACAACAACAACGACUACGACAACAACAGAAGCAACGACAACAACCACAGCAAAAAGGACACCAAAACGAAACAAACAGUUUAUCGACGGCCAUGAAAAUUUAAAUUCAUAAAAUUUUACCUAUAUUACAUACCUAGUUCUCGAAUAAAAUUGUUUAUGAAAAA